CGUGAUGUUGGACGGUGCAUGACUAAGAGUGCUAGUUAUGAGAAAAUUAUGUGGGAGAGAAUAGAAACAGAACUUGAGGAAAUAAAUGUGAAGAACCUUGGAUUCAAUCAUCUGAUUUGUUCAGGUGUUCUAGAUAUCAAGUCAGAACCCUUUACAAAUAUGCCUGAAUCAGUUUCUGAUAUUUUUAAGGAGUCAUUUCAAAAAUAUAAGUUAGAAUAG